GUAGUGACAUUGUAGUCUGAGGCACGAAGGUGAUCGUUUGUAUAGAGCAUUCCCACAUCAAAAAAUCAAAAAUAUCAAAAUAACCAUUACAAUCGAGAAAUAAGCAUUUAAAUCUACUCCAAUACAGAUAAUUAAGCUAUUGCAAAUUUAAUACAUUUUUUCUCGUAUUUUUACGACGUUUCGUUGUUGGUAUAUUCCACAAAGAUGGAUUUGUCGUCUGAAUUAUCGUCACCCCCUUCAUCACCUCUUCAAUUGCCACAGCAAAAUACCCUAAACACUAAUGUCUCCCACGAUACGCCGAAUAAUCCUCCUUCUGACGAUGAUAUCGAGACGGAAUCCAAUACUAAAAGAGAUUACACUAAAUAUAAACUCCCUUUGAAUACGGUCGUCGACAACACAGUCGAGUAUUGGAGAACGCAAAGUCACGUAUUCGGAUAUGGCUUCGAGCGGUUUCUAGAAGGCUGGCUUUCAUACCAGACUGACAAUCCACGAAACUCUGGUGCGAAAUUACGCAGUGUGGUUAAAGUGCUCCGAAAGCCUCAUAUAAUAGCACGUUUGAAAACAGUCGGCGUCGAUAUCCAGUUCGCAAAAAACAAUAGCGAGGAUGAAGACGAUAACUCCAUUAGCCAAGAGGUUGAUAAAGUAUCUUCUAUGCUAAGAAAAGAAUUCUCUCUCUUGAUAUCCCAGCCGGCAUUCAACACAUUCAGCAUAGAAUCUUUUAUAAACUCGGCCGACGGCGAAUGCGCCGUUAAAGACGUCGGCGACGUCGAAUGGAUCAACGACGCUUUAACUAAGAGUUGGCCUCAAAUACAAGUUAAAGCUCCAACGUUAGCUAGAUUACUUGGUCAAAUCCUCAUCCGCGAACGAGCUGAAUGGAAUUCGUAUCAGUGGAAUUCUACAUUUCCUACUUCUACGGCAUAUCUGAUUACUUCGGUACUGCUACAUUCAUUCGCGCCGCGGCGAUCUACCUUCCUACUUUCUACGAUAGGUCUUUACCUUCAUAAUAGCGGCGUACCACGCCGCGUUAUAGACACGUUGGCUCGCUUAGGCAUCUCUUCUAGCUAUAAAGUAGUGAUGGAUAUUACAAGCAAAGCAGCUGAGCAAGCACGGAAAAAUCUUAAACGUGCUGCCCGUGACCCUACUGCCGUAAAAUGCUAACGGGCUUUAGAAUAUCCAUCAGUAGCCCUGACCACUUGUUUGAAAUGUAUUGGGCCUUUCGUUGCUUCGCUGUCGCUUAGUGGGGGUAGUUAUUGGACUGAUGUGGGAACGCUCAACGAAUUCUGUGACUACG